AUGAAGGUUCGAUUCCCUUUCUUCGCAAUUCUCGCCUUAGCCGCCGUUGCCAUUGCCGCACCUGUGCCUGAACCAGACACAGCCGUCGAUGUCGGCCGCAACUUCAAGUGCGACAACGACUACCUGACAAGGUUCUGUGGCGCGUCCAACAUCGGGGGAAGAUGUGUCAAUGGACGAUUUGAUUCGGGAUCUGACAUGUGUUCAAACUGCAAGUGCAUUUGGUAUAUUUGCGCCCUGUCCAUACCUGCCGUGAUGAUGGGAUACUGA